GACUUUAAGUUGCUUCUCCUGAGAUCAACGAACACAAGAUGGUUUUGGAAAUGCUGAACUCAAUGCAUUAUAACAUUACCAGCAUGGUGCCCAAAGCUGUGCCUGUUACCACCAUGCCAAUCCUACUGCUCAUUGGCUUUCUUUUUUUGCUUUGGAAGUAUGAGGACACAUCCUCAAUCCCAGGUCCUGGCUAUUAUUUGGGAAUUGGGCCCCUCAUUUCCCACUUCAGGUUCCUGUGGAUGGGGAUUGGCAGUGCCUGCAACUACUAUAGCAAGAUGUAUGGAGGAUUUGUGAGAGUCUGGAUAAGCGGAGAGGAAACACUCAUUAUCAGCAAGUCCUCAAGUAUGUUCCACGUAAUGAAGCAUGAUCACUACAUCUCCCGAUUUGGCAGCAAACUUGGAUUGCAGUUUAUUGGCAUGCAUGAGAAUGGCAUCAUAUUUAACAAUAAUCCAGCCCUCUGGAAAGUUAUCCGACCUUUCUUUGUAAAAGCUCUGUCCGGCCGUGGUCUCGUGCGCAUGGUGACAAUUUGUGCCGAAUCCAUCAUAAAGCAUCUGGACAGGUUGGAGGAGGUCAGAAAUGACUUGGGCUACAUUGACGUGUUGACCCUCCUGCGGCGCAUCAUUCUGGACACCUCUAACAUGCUCUUCCUGGGGAUCCCCUUGGACGAAAAUGCCAUUGUAGAUAAAAUCAAUGGUUAUUUUGAAGCAUGGCAAGCUCUCCUUAUCAAACCAGACAUCUUCUUUAAGAUUUCUUGGCUAUACAAAAAGCAUGAAAAGUCUGUCAAGGAUAUGAAAGAUGCCAUGGAAAUUCUGGUAGAAGAAAAAAGACAGAGGAUUUCCACAGCAGAUAAACUGGAAGACUGUAUAGAUUUUGCCACUGAGUUGAUUUUUGCUGAGAGACGUGGCGACCUGACAAAAGAGAAUGUGAACCAGUGCAUAUUGGAAAUGCUGAUCGCGGCACCAGACACUCUGUCUGUCACUGUGUUCUUCAUGUUAUUUCUCAUUGCAAAGCAUCCUCAGGUUGAAGAGGCAAUAAUGAAGGAAAUUCAGACUGUUGUUGGUGAAAGAGACGUAAGGAUUGGUGAUAUUCAAAAAUUAAAAGUGAUGGAAAACUUUAUUUAUGAGAGCAUGCGGUACCAGCCUGUUGUGGACAUGAUCAUGCGCAAAGCCUUACAGGAUGAUGUCAUUGAUGGCCACCGAGUGAAAAAGGGGACUAACAUUAUCCUGUACAUUGGAAGAAUACAUAAACUUGAAUUUUUCCCUAAGCCCAAUGAAUUUAAUCUUGAAAAUUUUGCAAAGAAUGUUCCUUACAGGUAUUUUCAGCCAUUUGGUUUUGGUCCCCGUAGCUGUGCAGGAAAGUACAUCGCCAUGGUGAUGAUGAAAGUCAUCUUGGUUACACUUCUGAGACGAUUCCAUAUGCAGACAUUGCAAGAUAAAGGAAUGUGUGUUGAUAAGAUGCGGAAAAAAAAUAACUUGUCCGUGCACCCAGCUGAGACUAGCAACUUCCUGAAUAUGAUUUUUAUCCCAAGAAAGUCAUACGAGUACCUCGAACGCUAAAGAAAAUUGGUCAGUACCUAUUCUGGAGCACUUCUCAUCAGUAGUUCACA